CACUGAAGAGGCAAAAGCUUUAGAGAAAGAAUUUUCAUAUUCUGUUCGGAUAAUUGACCAAAAAAAAUUAAUAUCGGCGAUUAAUUGAAAUGGUUCAGUCGAUGAAUUCGGCGAAAAAAUCGGCUGCUGUGAAGUUAGAGCUCGACGACUCGUUGGCGGACCAGCUCGGUCCGCUUCACAAACGAUCCAAACUCAAACAAGAAUGUGAGUUUAACACGUCGCCGUUUCCGCUUCCACCUUCCAUGUGCAAUCCACUCGAAGAGCCGAGUCCGUUGGGGUUAAAUCUUAAGAAGAGUCCGUCGUUUUUGGAUUUGAUUCAAAUGAAGCUUUCGGAAGAAAACGCAAAUUUGAGGAAGCGAAAGUCUAAAGGAAGUGUCGUUUCAGCUUCGAAUGAUAAGCUAAAAGCUUCUAAUUUUCCAGCUUCGCUUCUCAGGAUCGGAACUUGGGAGUAUAAGUCGAGAUACGAGGGAGACUUGGUGGGGAAAUGUUACUUUGCGAAGCAUAAGCUAGUGUGGGAAGUGCUUGAUGGCGGUUUGAAGAACAAGAUUGAAAUUCAGUGGUCAGAUAUCGUGGCGAUCAAGGCAACUUAUUCUGAUGAUGGACCUGAGACUUUGGAUGUCGUGCUGGCUAGACAGCCUCUUUUCUUUAGGGAGACAAAUCCACAACCCGGAAGCAUUACUUUUGGCAGUGAUGGAUACUUGUGCAAUGGAGAAAUCAGUAGCAGUGAGCGAGGAACCAAAGAUGCUCAGCCAUUGGGACCAGAUCCAAGUCCUGGACUCCACCCAUCUAUGUCUAUGAGUGAUCGAAAAUCCCUUGUCACCGGUUCUCGAAAACAUGUGCUCUUCUCUCGUGAUCUAAUGGAUUUCAUUCAAUUGGAUUCCAUGGCUAUGAAUUGUGCAAAAGUUUACCGCCGAAAAAUUCGAAUAAUGGUCUUGGAAACAUUCUGUGUUUCUGUUUGA